UAUUCUUCAAUUUCUAAUUUAAAACAUUUCACAUUUGAAUUAAUUUUUAAAAUAAUGAAUAUUUUUGACACGAAAUUCUUGGUUUUCAAUUUCUCAUUUAAGUCGUCCGAAUUAAUGUUUUAAAUAAUACAUAAUUCAACAUAAAAGACAAAAAACGAUAUUCAACAUAAAAAUAUUACUUAUGGGACGACCUAAUGGAAAAAAAUGUAAAAUUUGUAAAAAGUACAUUAAAAAGAUGGGAUGUACAAAUUGCUAGAAACAGCUGUUGAAUUAAAAAUCUGCAAAACUAAAUAUGCAUUUCUAUUUUUAUAGUAACUUUAUAAAACUUUAUAAAAAAUAAUUGUUAUAACCGUUAUAAUUUUUAUUUCAAUUAUGAAAUACUACGCCACGAAUGAUCUAUUGAAGAAAAAUGCAACAUGUUAAAAAUUUGAGGUUAUGAACAAUACCGGUGUUUCGCUCGUCGAGCAAAAGUUUGAGUUUAGGUUAGGUUAGAUUGCGCUUUAGAAUCUUCACGUUUACGAAAGACCGAAUGUUUCGUAAAUAUAAUUUACACCUGUGCUUGCAAAAUGAGUGGCGACAUAGUAAAAAAAGGAACAACAAUCUUUACCGGCAAGCCAUUCGUCUUUACUCUUAACUCGAAGCACAGGACUACUCGAUGUGACAAUUGUUUGAAGAGUGGGAAAUUGUUAAAGUGCUCGGGCUGUCAGUAUGUGUACUACUGCGACCGGAAUUGUCAGAAAGAAUCGUGGCCGAUACACAAGGCAGAGUGUGCACGUCUGAAGAAGGUAUCGCCGAAAGUGUUGCCAGAUGCAGCCAGACUUAUGGCGCGUAUAAUUUUCAAGCUCAAUCAAGGUGGAGCCGAUGAAGUGGGCUAUUACACUGAUAAAAACUUUAGGAAAUUCAAAGAUCUAAUGUCCCAUUAUUCGGACAUAAAAGUGGAUGCAAAGCGACAGGAGCAUUUCGUCAUGCUGUACGGAGUUUUACUCCAAUUUCUGGACGAGACACUCAUGCCCAACAUCGCGGAGCUGAUGGGUAUUUAUGGCAGGAUAUGCACUAACUGCUUCAAUAUCCUGGAUGUCAAUAUGAAUACCAUUGGAGCUGGCAUCUAUCUGGGAGCGUCUGUGAUGGAUCACAGUUGCAAACCUAACGCGGUCGCCGUUUUCGAAGGGACCACCAUCAUCGUCAGAACGCUGACGGAUCUUCCCUCUUUGGACUGGUCACAGGUAAGAAUCUCGUACGUCGAUUUACUUAAUUCUAAUAAGGACAGGCGCGAGGAGCUGCACAGUUCGUACUAUUUCUGGUGUGAUUGCGAAAGAUGUAAACAAGAGGAACCAAUGGCUGAAGCGGCCGCAUGUCCGAACUUAUCGUGCGACUCGCCGUGUUCGGUUGAAGCUGAUAAAUGCGAGAAGUGCGACACCAAGAUAUCUGUAGAAUUUAAGGAGACAUUUCGGGAAGUUGUCGACUUUACCGCUCAUCAUUUGGAAAAAAUGAAAACUAUGGCUUAUCUUGAUGUUAGUAAGAUAUGUUUGAAAAAGCAAAAGGGUGUAAUGCAUAAGUUUAAUAUACAGCAUGUCCGUACUCUAGAAAUGGCUCAUAUUGCGGCUAUGGAUCUGGAGUGUUGGGAAGAUGCGGAGUUUUAUGGCAAGGAACUCAUGCCAGGAUAUUUAUUGUAUUACGGGGAAGUACACCCUUUGACAGGGUUGCUAUAUCUCACGACGGGAAAGAUGCAGUUGCACUUGGGAAAACCGAAAGAAGCGCUCAAGGCGCUGAACAAAGCGAGCAUGGUGUUAAUGAUAACACAUGGUGAUAAGCACUCCUUGAUGAGGGAGGAAUUGAGACCUUUGCUCUAUCAAGCUGUUAUGGAGUCGAACAGUGAUACUCACGGCGCGUAGCAAUCUUAUAUUUUUGUAAUUUUUAGUAAUAAAUUAUUUUUUAAACGCGAGCUCAACGCAUUGCUCGAUGACCAGCUCAA